CGGACGCGACACAGAUCUUAGAGUCAACGGUUAUUGUGUACCGAAGUAAAGGUUCGGAGUUUAUGAGUUUCUGCCGUACGUAUGAAGUGCUUAGAACUGGCAUUCUGUGUAAACACCUAUAAGUGAUAAGAUGGGGAUUGUCUCUCCUCUGCUAGGGAAAUAGGUUCUUAUAUUUCAACGACAUGGCUAAGCAAUCAGAUGACAAGACCACCCUUCAACAACGUCUUCAGGCUCUCGAACCUGUGAUUCAAGCAAUUUGCAAGGUCGCCGGCGCGCCAGGAAUAUCUUUUGCAGUCUCUCACAAUGGGGAGCCCAUUCAUCGCGCGAGUUUCGGCUUCGAGGAUCUGGAGACGAAGAAGCCAGUCACCGGAAGUACGAAAUUUCCCAUUGGAACCAUGGCCAAGACUUUCACUGCUGCGGCAGUGGGCGCGCUCGUUGCUGAGGGCAAAUUGAAGUGGGAUACACCGAUCAAGGAUGUGAUUCCUGAGCUACAGACGGCGAGUGCCACUGUAACGGAAAAUCUCACCAUUGUCGACCUUUUGAGCCACCGUUCCGGACUGGGCCGAUCCAAUCUUUGGUGGCAAGGAGCUGAUGCGACUUUGUUGCUUGAGAAGAACGACCUCCUUCCUUACUACAACAGCCUCCCCCUUACCGGCCAGUUCCGUGCGGAUUGGGGCUACAGUAAUUGGGGCUAUGCCCUGGCUGGUGAGGUUAUUGAACGUGCCAGCGGAAGGACCUACGCACAGUAUCUUGAGGAAAAGGUGUACGCACCUCUGGGGUUGAAGAACACAACCGUCGAGCCUAUUGAUCCCUCUAAUGCCUCAAAUCUUGCCAAGCCAUAUGCAGCAUUGGACGAUGCCUCACUCUAUCCAAUGCCCCAGCCGCCAAUCAACGGCAAUACCAUUAUGGCUCCGGCUCUGGGUGGCCUCAGCAGUGCCGACGACCUGCUGACAUACACCAUCGCGCUCUUACAGGCCUUUCGCCACGAAACCGGCUUGCAGACAAGCAACUCGCCUCCUGCGAUCAAGCACGGACUGCAGCAACUGUCUGGCCACAUCUUCACGGCAAAAGCACUACUCGAGAAGUCAUACGCUUUUGGCUGGUACCGCACACAGCUUCCAAACACCGUCCUCGGUAUGGGAUGGAACAGCAUCUACGUGAAGAAGAUGCCCAAAAUCAUUCCGAGGACCCAUGUCGGCCCGCUGAUCGCACACGGCGGAAGCUUACCGGGGUACCAUGUAUCCAUGGCGCUGCUGCCCGAGAUCAACAGUAGUGUUGUCGUUUGCACUAACUCGAUCGCUCUGGGUGAUGUGUCUGGGUGGGUUAGCAUGGCGAUCCUCGAGGCCCUCGUUGACACGCCCGAGCCAUCGGAUUACUUUGCAUUGGCUACCGAGGCCGCUGGCAACGCGGCGUUGAACGUGAAGAGGUUCGAGGAGAAGCUCGAGGCGGCGCGGACAGUUGACGCCGCGCCUCGAUCCAGAGAGGAUUAUGUUGGCAGAUAUCUUGACGAGAAGCGCGGUUGGGUCAUAGAUGUGAGGACGCAGGACACAUCACCAUCCGGUCUAGAAGUGGCGUUUCAAGGGCUCGAUAGCCAGGCAUGGGCUCUUUCACACUACGAGCAUGACACGUUCUCCUGGUUGGCCUCUCGAGAAGAGCAGGCGAAAAGGGGACGCAUGGUUACGUAUCCGCUCGUGGCAGACCAUUUCAAACUACAUUUCCAAGCAGGUCAGGGCGGAGGUGGCAAGAUCGAUCGUUUGUUGUGGAAGCACGAGGCAGGGGCGCCAGUCGAGCAGCAGUAUCUUAUGAAAGAAGGAAAAUCAAGCUAGACAAUGUACAUGCUUUAAUGAGUAUAGCUAGUAUUCCAGUUGAGACAAAUGUUAUAUUUGCCAAUUCC